CAUGCGUUGAAAAUGGACGCGAAAACACCUUUCCAAAACAGUUAAGGAGUAAGCGGACGCCAAAAAUAACUAAACCCCAAUAUAAUAUAUUCCAGGUUCUCGUCUCCACACCUAAAAAUCGUCACUGGAGCCAGCACAAGUCCAAGUCGACACCGGGAAAGUUGUGGCGGAAAUAGUGUUGGAAGAGGAGAAGAGUUGUGUAAUUUGGAGCCCCUGCGACUAGAACACUCGCCCAUGGAGAACGCGGAAGUUAAGACGCCGGAAAAGGACGCAGAGGCAGAAGGCUCGCCGGAAAUUGUUUCCGUCGAGCUUCCCGCGCCCCCAGGGUGGAAGAAACAGUUUUUUCCAAAGAAGUGGGGAAUUGUUUUCACUGCUCCUACAGGUGAAGAGAUCAAGAAUAAGCGUCAAUUGUCACAAUAUUUGAAGUCCCAUCCAGGAGGCCCUGCCAACAGUGUGUUUGAUUGGGGCACAGGUGACACGCCCAGGAGAUCUACAAGAUUAAGUGAAAAGCCAAAGACAACUGAAACUCCAGAAAGUGACAGCAAGAAGACCCCAAAGCGGUCUAGGAAAUCAGAGGGCACUUCAGAUGAAAGGAAAGGAAAGAAAAAGAAAAUGGCUGAAGAUCCUUCAGAAGUUGAAGCCGAUAAGGAUGAGGAAAUGAAAGAUGCUGAUGAUGUGGAGGAUUCAGUAAAAGAAAAAGCUGAUACUGCAGAAGAAGCAGAUGAUAAGAAAACCGAGGAUGGCAAGGAAGAAGAACCAGACAAUAAGCCUGAAGAAGAGCAAGAAAAUGGAAAAGAGAAACAAGAAGCAGAGUCUGAAGUGAAAGUAGAUCCAUCUAAAGCUGAGGAAAUAAAAGAGGUGGCAGUUGAUAAAGUAGAAGAUGUGCCGGUAGUGGAGAAUGAAGUUAAUGUAGAUGAAGAGAUGAGAAAUGACCAGGUAGGAGAGAAAAAGAUGGAGGAAAAGAAAGAAGAGACUAAACUUGAGGAGACACCAAUUGUGGUGCCAGAAAUAUCUCCAAUUGCGGUGCCAGAAAUAUCUCCAAUUGUGGUGCCUGAUGAACCACUGGACACAAAGGAAGGCAGUACAGAAAACUCUAAGCAUGAGGAACCUGCAAAGCAAACAGAAGCACCAAAUGAAUCAAAUAUAAAGCAUACCAGUCAAGAGACCGCACAGCAAUUUGAAAUCAAUUCUCUGCACUGUGAGCAGACACCUGCACCACCUUCAGUGAGCUGCUGAAUCCCACGGUUUUCUUGUUCUGUAUUGUAAUAGGUUAGUGCAUGAUUCGUCAUUAGCUGUACUCCAGGUCUGGGGUUUGGCAGAGAAUAAAUUCUCAUUGAGGUUUCUCUAGCAUUGCAAUGCAGUAGCAAUGCCACUUCUGAAAUAUAAACAAAGGAAACCUGGGGAUGCAGUCACAUUUUCCUUAGUGCAGCUGGGCAUAAUUCAGAUUUUUUGAAGCACGCACUAUGCAUAUCUGAUAUAAUUCAAUUUCUAACUUUGUAAGUUUAUUCUGGUAAUACUGUUAUUUGAACUUAUAAUCCACAGGCUUCAGUGCCCCCCCAAAAGACUAUUGACUAUGCUGUAACCUUUUUAAUUAGAUAGUUUUAACUUUUGACAGUCUGUACUGUUACAAAGCUUUUUGAGUUUCUUAUGCAGAGGUGGACUCAGGAAGUCAAAUUACAUCUUGCUCUGUAAUUCUGAAGCCUUUUGGGGUAAGUUUCAGUUAUAUCUUGAGACCCUUAAUUAAUCAUUUAGUCCUUUGAAUAUAUGGUGAUGGUCUGUAUGACUUCUUGUUGAUA